CUUGGGUCCUUUCCCCUCCUCUCUGCCACCAUCACUGCCCUUGCCCACGUUUGCCCUUGCCGAGGUGAGCACUGGAGGUCACGGCGUGCACAGGGCAGUGCCAGGGGGAGCUCUGCUCGGCCACUGCUGCCUCGUGGGGUGUAGCCCACUCUGAGGGCUGAGCCGGGGCCCCCUGUGCCCCGUCAGCCAGGCUCGCUGGGACGGGGAGCCCAGCCCAGCGCAGCCCUGCUGCAUCACGGCACAGACCAUGUCGCUGGAGCUGGCAGCCUGUCCUACAGGCCCUGCAGUUUCCGUGGUCCCUGCCCUCCCCAAUGCCCUGCUCCCCGCUGCAGUCCUGCUGCAGAACCUGCACCUCUGCGAGGGCUACGUGGGCCCUGACGGGCGCUCCCACCCCGGCUUCUACUGCCCGCGGCUGACGGACCCGCCCGGCCACCGCUACUGCUGCCAGCCCGGCCCGCGCGCCCUCAAGGCCUGCUGCUCCCAGCUGGCGCUGGAAGCCCUCAGCGGGGUGAACCUCUCCAGCCUGGCUGGCCCCGGCCUGCUGCGGUGAGCGGGGCUGCAGCCGGCUGUGCUGCUGAGGCGGGCCCUGGGGCUCCGGCAGCCCGGGCGCUGCUGCCGUGCUGGGCAGGGCUGCGGUACCCUCCGGGCCCUCCCCAGUCCCGCAGCGCCGGCAGGGCACUGCACGGCUGCCCCCUCCUGAAGCACCAAACCCCGCAGGAACCCGCUGGCCCUGCCUUUCGUGGGGCUCUACGGGCUCCUUGUGCUCCUGCUUAUGGCCAUCGACCUCUGCCACUUCUACCGGACCCGCCGGUGCCAGCUGAGCCGCCUGCUGCCCUGUGCCUGCCGCGGGCC